CCAGCCUUCUGUAGCCUGGAGAAGUUCUACGCGGACCCCGAGUCUCCCGACGGGCACUCGUACCGCCUGCAGUCCUGGAUCUUCGGGAGCCGAGUCCUGCAGUACGCCGACGCCUUGGAGCACCUGCUCAGCACAGGUCAAGGCGUGGUGCUGGAGCGCUCUCCCUACAGUGACUUCGUGUUCCUGGAUACCAUGUUAAAGCAGGGAUAUGUCCACAAGAGAUGCCUUGAUCACUACAAAGAGGUCAAGGAGAUCAGCAUUUCUGAGUUGCUGCCACCUCACUUGGUCAUUUAUGUAGAUGUGCCUGUCCCAGAAGUGCAGAAGAGGAUUAAAGAGAAAGGCAAGCCAUAUGAGAAAAAGGUGUCUCCUUCCUAUCUCCAGAGCAUUGAGGAUGCUUACAAGAAGACCUUCCUACCAGAGAUCAGUGAGAGCAGUGAAGUUCUGCAGUACACAGCGACUGCAGCUGAGGAUGUGGAGAAGGUAAGUUUUGCUUUUCUGGGAGUAAGUUUAAUCGAUUUCCCUUAGUUCAGUGAACUUUCC